AUGUUGAAAAAGAUUGAAAUAAACAUCCCUUUUUAUGAGGCAUUAGAAGAAAUGCCAAUAUAUGUCAAGUUCAUGAAAGACAUCAUCUCCAAAAAGCAUUCCACUGAUAUAGACCCGAUCAUCCUAACUGAAACAUACAGUACUUAUCUUCAAGGUAUGAAAAUCCCAGUGAAAAAGAAAGAUAAGGGAUCGGUUACUAUUUUGUGCACUUUUGGUGAUAGAAAAUUCCAGAAGGCUCUAAUUAACUUAGGAGCAAGUGUAAGCUUGAUGCCACUAUCCAUCUAUAAGAAAUUAGGCAUUGGCAUUGUUCAAGAUACUCAAAUGACACUUCAGUUUGCGAAUCGCUCUGUUAGGUGA